UGCUGGACUACCGGCAGUGAACUAUCUUGACUCUUUAACGCAUUAUCUUUGAUAGAAACCGUGGGAGCGCUCUAAUUGGCGGCCGUAAAAGAGAAAGGAAGUAUUUAGUUCUCACCGAGGUUUCAUUGGAAGAGAAAGUCGAAGAUAAUUUAGCGCAGUUUUUAUUCUUAGGUCAGUGUCUCUCUCUUUUUUAUAACUCCAAUAGAAAAAUAACAACUCUUUGACAAUGGCUGCUUUUAACAAAGGUCCUGCCUACGGAUUAUCUGCGGAAGUCAAGAACAAGAUUGCACAGAAGUAUGACCCUCAGAAAGAAGAGGAACUGAGGAUCUGGAUUGAAGACAUCACCGGUUCCUCCAUUGGCCCAGACUUCCAGAAAGGCCUGAAGAAUGGAGUCAUUCUGUGCGAACUCAUCAACAAACUUCAACCAGGCUCAGUGAAAAAGAUCAACCAGUCUGCCCUGAACUGGCAUCAGCUGGAGAACCUGACGAACUUCAUCAAAGCCAUCACGUCAUACGGCCUGAAACCUCACGAUAUCUUCGAAGCCAACGACCUGUUUGAGAGCGGAAACAUGACCCAGGUCCAGACAACGCUGCUGGCACUGGCUAGCAUGGCCAAGACCAAGGGCUGCCAGUCACGGGUGGACAUCGGGGUGAAGUACGCUGACAAGCAGGAGAGGCUGUUUGAUGAGGAGAAGAUGAAGGCGGGACAGUGCGUCAUUGGCCUACAGAUGGGGACCAACAAGUGUGCCAGUCAGGCAGGUAUGAAUGCAUAUGGCACCAGGAGGCACUUAUAUAACCACAAAGCUCAAAUCCAGCCCCCCAUGGACAACACAACCAUCAGUCUGCAAAUGGGAACCAACAAGGGGGCGAGCCAGGCUGGGAUGACGGCUCCAGGUACAAGGCGUGCCAUUUACGACCAGAAACUGGGCACAGACAAGUGUGACAACAGCACCAUGUCCCUGCAGAUGGGCUACAGCCAGGGAGCCAACCAGAGCGGCCAGAACUUCGGCCUGGGGAGGCAGAUCUAUGACGCCAAGUACUGUCCUAAAGCCGGAGAGGUCGCAGGUGAUCAAAACGGGGCAGGGGGCGUCCGCGACUACAUCCCAGAUUACCAAGACGAGGGUUACCAAGGUUACCAGGAAGAAGAGCAGGUGUACCAAGAAGACGGGACGGAUUACUAGGCGGAAGGAGAGAGCUGAGGAAGGGAAAUGACGAGGCGUGUUCCUCGAGGCAGGCGGCUUAUUUUUAUAUCCAUAGGAUGUUGUUCCUUUUUUAGGUCUCAUCCUUUUAGUAUUGUAUGAAAUUGUUUUCUUAGCCCUAUUUGUGCAAGACCAAUGUUACACAUAUCAUGAACUGUAUUUCGGAAUCUUUUUUAUUUUAUUUUUUUUUAAUAUUUAAAGUGACCACAAAAGCCAAUCCCUUUGGCUUUGCUAGUUUUCUAUCCCAGGGAUUUUGUUUUUAUGUGCCAAAGCCCCCUUUUUUUCCCCUAAUGGUUUUUGCUGAGUCAUUAGUUGCAUUAAGGGAGAUCCCUAGGUUUUUUUUUUUUUUAAGGGCAAAAUGAAAUUAAAAGUGAAACAUUAGGGGCUUUUUAAAAAAAAAAAAAAAAAAAAACAUUUUUUUGUAGGUUUGUAGGAAACGCAUGUUAUUUCUAUCAAGACACCCAUGCUUGUGCUUAUCUAUAAUAGUUAUAACAUCUGUGUAAACAACAUCAAGUUAUUUCUGUAAUUCCUGUGAAUGAGAAUGUACAUUUGUUUGUGUUUGUUACUUCUUCAGUAUCUCCUUCAGUAUUGGUCAUUCACACAUGCAGUAGAACCGUUUAGGUUGUUCAGACAGAUGAGGGAACAAAAUCAAUUUACUUUUUCGAACAAACCAGUCUUAUCAUCUUAUAUUUUGUCUGUUCUCUCACUCAUUUCAGUUUUUUCUUUUUUUUAAAGGAGGAAAUAUUUCCUUUGUUUGCAUAACCAGUCCAACUGGAGUUGAGCUUGUUUUCUUUGGAUGAGAGAGAGAGAGAGAGAGAGAGAGAGAGAGAGGGAGAGCAGGGGGGAGUGGACAAAAUAAGACUCAAGUGAAGUUUUGAACAUUCCAAGCAAGAAUACUGGAUUCUUUUCUUGUCAGUAAUGUUUAAGUGAAUCAAUCUUAAUAUUGGUUGAUAUGUGAACCAAUCAUGAUUAUAUUUGAUCAUUAAGAUUAUUAUUUAUGCUUAUUUGUGAUUUGAAUGGGGGCUACUUUGUACCUUGACUCUGAAUAACAUUUUGUAUUGGACUAUCGGUUUUUCCUCUGGAAUAAUUUUUAUGCCAAUGGAAAACAUUUUUUUUGUGAUCUUUAUGUAAUAAAGAUGUGUAUUCAUUA